UUCCUGCCUCUUGUAGUGCAGAAUUCGUUGUCCAACUCCCCUGGGUCGCUAGACCGACCCGGGCGCGCUUGCUGGGUCCAAGACAAAAAGUUGGUCUCCCCACGCUCUCGAGCGCGCGGCUGGCGGACCGACGGUGGGCGCGGUCGCUCAGGCACCUCCAGUGCAGUCAUCCUCCUGAUUAUCCUCCUCACUCCUCCGCAUGAGGGCGACGGCCCCGCAACGACUGGACUGUACGUGCUCCGGACGUGCACCCCGCGAACCGAGAGGAAUAUACAAAAUUAAGCCAACGAGUUGCUGCACAUUCGCAGCCAAGCCGCGCGCGUUGCCUCUCAGCCCUCAUCGCCCUGCACCAGUUCGACCACCCUCCUCGCCCUCGUGCUCCCACCCCUGCUCAUGAAGGGGGCCCCAGAGGGUCCCGACGGGACACCGUUCCCAUACACAGGGCUUUGCUGGGCCUGGUCGCCCACGGCGGCGGCCUUGUUCUCGAGGCCCAUCUCGAGGACCCGGGGCCUCGGCUGGCAAGGAGGCACAAGGGAGCGGGCGCCUCCCGGGCUGGAGGGCGCCGCGCGAUCGUCGGCGCUGGUGCCAGGUGAGGCAGGAAGCACCUCACUGGUGCGGGAGAGGUGGAGGGAGGAGGUGCGUGUGUCUCCUGGGUGGGAAGGCCACACGCUGUCGCCAACGUCGUCCCGUCAACGGGACCGCUGGGCCGACGGCCGCGCCUCGGCCCUCCGUCGCCCCUGAGAGCCCCCGCGGUCGAGACUGGGCCCCUGCGGGCCGGGUCGGUCCGCUGUGCCGCCUGCCUCGGUGCCCCUGCCGGCGGCCUGGCCCUGCCUGCCCUUCACACACACACACACACACACACACACACGCGCGCACGCACGCACGCACGCACGC